CCGGCCCGUCCCUCCCGGGAAGUCCCCGGGCGGAAACCGAGCGAAGCGGAGCGGGGCCACUUUCAGUUUCCCUCUGCCCGUUCGGCACGUGCCCGGACCCCCGAGGAGCCCCCCGAGGAGCCCCCCGAAUCCCCCCGAGGAGCCCCCCGAGCUCCCAGAACCCCCCGCCGCCGUCGCCAUGGCCACCCUCAGGGUGAAGCCUGAAGUCCAAGCGCAGGUGGAUUUGUUUCGGGAAAAUCUGUGCUCCCAGACGGAGAUCCUGCUGGGCAGCUACUUCCCCAAGAAGAUCUCGGAGCUGGACGCUUUCUUGAAGGAUCCCUCCCUGAAUGAGGCCGACCUGAGCCUGCUGAGAGCCCCCCUGGACAUCCCGCUGCCGGACCCCGCCAAGGAGAAGGAGAAGGAGGAGCGAAGAAAGCAGGAAGAGAAGGACAAGGACGGGAAGAAGAAGGACGAUGAAGACAAAGAACCCCCCUGCGGUCCCGUGAGCUGCAACGAGAAGAUCGUGGAGCUGCUGGGGCGGCUGAAGCCCGAGAUCAGGGACGUCAAGGAGCAGCUCAACCUGGUCUCCAUGUGGCUGCAGCUGCAGGUGCCCCGGAUUGAAGACGGGAACAACUUUGGCGUGGCUGUUCAGGAGAAAGUGUUCGAGCUGAUGACGGCCCUGCGAACCAAGCUGGACGGCUUCCACACCCAGAUCUCCAAGUAUUUCUCGGAGAGAGGAGACGCGGUGGCCAAGGCGGCGAAGCAGCCUCACGUGGGCGACUACCGGCAACUGGUGCACGAACUGGACGAGGCCCAGUACGGGGAGACGCGGCUGAUGGCCAUGGAGAUCCGCAACACCUACGCCGUGCUCUACGACAUCAUCCUGAAGAACUUGGAGAAGAUAAAGAAGCCCCGGGGAGACACCAAGGGCAUGAUCUACUGAAGCGGCCCCGCCGCCCCGUGAGCCCCCCCGGGACCCCAAUAAACGUCGCCACACCGGU